AUGCUAGAACUCUACGACUCCAGCCCAUGGUCCCAAGAGGUGCAGGAAAAUCGUUUAAAGUAUGCCCGGGCGCUCUCUAACGCAAAUAUCGAAUGUCUGAUCUGGGGAGAAGAUGCGCUGGCGUUCGCCCACUUCGUUCCCACCUGCUUUGACACCCUCCAACUACUCGUUGCAGAUCAAGAUCUCCACGCCGCUUCGACACAAAUCACGAAAUCACUUGAAUGUCGCCUUUUCUCUGGCUUCAACCCACACCAUGUAGAAAAGAUCGUGUUCAACCCAAGCCAGCCGAAAGCCUUUCCCCACUCUGUGUGCCUCGAGACGACGAUUGCCGCAUGUAACCGCACACCCGACGACCCAGAUUUCAUCUUCAUCCACCCUCAGUCACAAUUCUAUUUCAACAUCCAGGAUAAAAGUCGCUCGUUGUCUCUCGCGCCUUUCCCCGACAACAUUCGAUUCCCCACACUAGUCGCGUUUCUUGACUCGAUGAUCGCGACAUACCUUGAUCCCCCCUCUGGCCGAAAUCACAGCAGAGUUCAGGACCCAUUGAAAGUGUGGAUAUCCUACCUCCUCACUUAUACUUUACCUUUACGCAAUAGACCCUCGGUGCUCCCAAAUGGCGAUCUUCAGCCGGAGCAUGAGGAGGUGUUGCGCAGCCUCAAGCCAGAGAAUCGGCCGUUCUUUGACUCAUUUGUGCGAUCAAAUAUCAUUCCCGUGCGGGAGCACCAAAUACGCCGAAAAGAAAUUUUGGAGAAGCUUGGCACGAAGAAGCACGACAUCCAUUUCCGACACAGGGUUGCAAUCUACCAUUAUGAGAUUCAGUCGGCUCCUGCUGUAACCACUAUCAACAAUCUUAGUCAGCAUGUAUACCUAGGGACUGGGCAUCAUUUUACCCAAGACUUGUUUCUCAACAUUUUUGAAAAGAGAGACGAGGCCAUGCAGAAAGGACAUGAAGCCGAGGAAAUGUCUCAGGCAUGGAAUAGAAUGAACGGAAAGGCAAGACGCAAGGAAAAAGGGCAGAAAGAAGUAUUUUUGCAAGUGGAGACUCAACGAAAGGUUGGAAUUGGUGCCCUUGAGGUGAUGGGCAUAAGCGACGGGCAUGCGGAGUGCGAAGAGGCAGGUAGGAUAAAGUGGCGUUAUGUCGUAGUGGAAAUUUGGGAUGAGUCUUUGCCCGCAAGCCGAACUUUGGGGGGGCCAUCCACCCAAGAGGAAAUAUUCGGGCAUCGCGUCCAGGGGACACCUAGCGAGCUUGAGGGUCGUAAGGUCUGGAUGAUCACAUCUGAAGAGGAUGGCGAGGAGCGUGUCGAUGCUGAGAUCUUCCAAGCUAGCGCAAUGAGAUUUAACCGGCCCUUCUCAGGUCUAUUGAUCCCUGAGGGUAAAGUUUCAUUGGAGGGCUGGAGUUUGGGUAUGACCAGGGCGUGCUGCUGUCCUUGA